AUGUCCACAAUAUGUACUAUUUUCGAUUGGUCAACAGGCAAUUUUAAUUCCUUAGAGCCUCUUAUAAUAUUAUCUUCAGUUGCUCUUAUCAUUCAUAGUAUAUUUUGGAUUCAAGUAUUAACAUGGUCAUCAUUACGACAGCGAAAUAUGAUGUGGCUUUAUGCUUAUUUAAUUACUAGUUUUCUUCUACUUUUACGAUUCUUUAUUUUAUAUGGUAUUCGUCAAUCAGCUAUGUGUUUAUUUAUAACACCUCGAACUGUUUUGUGUUAUUUUGAAGCAUCAUGGAAAUUUUAUAUCAAUACUAUACAAAGUUAUCUUCUAUUAGCAUUUAAUAUUUGUCGGUAUAUGCAUAUUGUUUAUAAUCGAAAUAUUUAUAAAGAAAAACCUCAUUUAAUUAUAUUCAUGCAUUUCCUUAUUUAUAUUAUACCAGCACUUAAUCUUAUUGUUCAAUUUCUUACUAAUUGGACACAAAUACGACGUGGAACUGAUGAAUCUUGUGAUAUAAUAUAUUUAUCAUUAACAGUUCAAAUAUUUAAUCUAUUUGUAAUCUACAUUAUACCUCUUGUUAUUAAUAUUAUUAUUCUAUGCCUUGGUAUACGUCAUGUUAGUUCAAUACAAGGCGUUAUAAGUCAACAAGUUAUUCUACGUCGUCGUAGACGUCAACGAACACUUCUAUUGAAAGCAAUAGCUUUUUAUUCUAUUUGGCUAGUUUUAUGGAGUCCGGAUACACUUGCUGGUCAAUUUAUUGAUGUCAAUAGUGAUCCAGUCGAUGUUUGUUCAGUAUGGUCUAAUGAUUGGAAGCAUUCUAUUGAAUUAAAAGAGCUUAUUUAUACAAGUGUUAAACCAUUAGGUGGUUCUACUGCUGGAAAAUAUUCCAAAAUUAAAGUCGAGAGUUGGACUGAAUGUGUUGCUCAAUGUUGUCAAUUUAAUCGAUGUAAUGUUGCUUAUUGGAUAUCAUCAACAUGUCUUCAUAUUGAAUGUUUAUCGGAUGAAUUAUGUAAACCAAUAAGUAUUGAUAAUGAUGAUACUAAUGAUGAGACAUUGUAUAUAAAAGUUCGUUCUGUUCGAUCAACAGCAGCUGCUCUUGAUUAUGAUGAUCCAGGAGCUGAUGAAUGUAAUGAAACAAAAUUAUGUCCAAUAAAUGAACAAUGUGAACAAGUAUCAAUAAAUGCUCAAAUAAAACGAAAAAUAUGUCUAUGUGAUCAUAAUAAUGAUUUUCGUCGUAUUAAAGGUGUAUGUAGGCAAUAUUUACCUCAUGCAAAACCUUGUGCAAUAUAUGAAAUAGAUGAUGAAAAUAAUGAUAUUGUUAAUGAUGAUGAUGAUGAUAGAGGAAGAUGUAAGAAAAAUGAAGAAUGUUUACCACCAAGUGAUCGUGCUAAACAUGGUUAUUGUCAAUGUAAAUUUGGUUUUCUAAGAAAAGAUGUUAAUAGACAAUGUGUAAUUGAUAAACAAACAAAUUUAACAACAAUAUCUUUAAUAUCUUCAACAAAAUCAACUUCAAUAUCAUCAUUAUAUGAUUUUGAAGUACAAGCUGGUGAUGAUCAAACAAUAAUUUUACCUAAAAAUGAAAUUGAUUUAUCUGGACAUAUUCUUUAUAAAUCAAAUAAAAGUGAAGUUGAUAUAUCAAUAUUAAAAAAUCAAAAUUUUAAUUUAUUUUGGUCACUUAAAUCAUCAACGAAUGAUGCUAAAGUUGAUAUUUCAAAUCAAGAAAAUUUAGCAACACACAUUCUUGUUAAACAAUUACGUGAAGGAAUAUAUGAAUUUGAAUUAAAAUUAAAUGAUAAACAAGGAACAACAUUAGCAUCGGAUAUUGUUAAAAUAGAAGUUCUUCCAACUAAACCAACACCAUCACCUCUUAUUGUCAAAGUGCCCUCUCUAGUAACAAUUCGUUUACCACAACAAGUAACUAAGCUUCAAGCUUCUGUUGAACCUUCUAAUCGACAAGUUACCUAUCAAUGGAUUUACAAAAACGAUGGUCCUACUACACCAACAUUGGAAAACAUUAAUACUUCUGAUUUAUUAAUAUCAAAUCUUCGUCCUGGUAAUUAUUCAUUUCGAUUAGAUGUUACUGAUAAUAUCGGUAAUCAACAAACAAAAACUAUUCAAUUAAUUGCUAUUGGUGAACCAAUUGAAGCACGAGUAGUAAAUCAUCGUGAAAUUGUAUUUUGGCCAUCAAAUGAUGUUAUACUUGAUGGUACACCAAGUAUAAUUGAACCAAAAACAUAUGUUUUUUGGACAUUAAUAUCAAAUGAUAAUAAACAAGAUGCAGACAAGAUUGAUAUUGUUUCACCACAUUCACUUAAAACACAAGUAUCAAAUCUUCGUAUUGGUCAAUAUAAAUUUCUUUUAACAUUAGUUACAAAUGAUAAACAAUAUACAUCAAAAAUUGAAGUUCUUGUUAUUGUUUAUUCACAAAAUGGUCAACCACCAAAAAUUUCUAUUCAUUUAGAAACAAAUUAUGUUAAUAUAUUAAAUAAUCUUAUUAUACUUAAUGCAACAGCAACAACAGCUGAUUAUGGUAUUUCAAAAUGGCAAUGGAUUAAAAGUCCAUUAAGUCCAGCUAUGAGUUAUUUUAUAAAUAAUUCAAAUAUAUUACCUAUUGCUUAUAUAACAAAUUUAAUUGAAGGACAAUAUAUAUUUAUUCUUCAAGUAUAUGAUGAUCGACAACAAAUGAGUGAAAUGAAUAUAACAGUUAAUGUUAAUGGUAUACCAAAUGAAGAAAAUUUAAUUGAAAUUAUUUUCUUAUCAAAACCAUAUUUACAUCAACAAACACUUGAUAAUCUUUUAGCACAAAUACGUGUUUUUCUUAUUGAUUUAUUACCAAAUAUUGAAAUUAUUAUGAUUGGAAUGUUAAAAGAAAAUAUUUUAUUAAUUAAAGGAAAAGAUAUUAAAACUAAUCAAAUUAUUUCACCAAAAAUUAUUGUUAAUCAUUUACAAGAUAAAAUAAAAUCAUUACGUUCAGCAUCAAAUAUGGAUAUCUUAUCAAUUGAUACGUAUUUAUGUUUAUCAAAUUGUUCAAAUCAUGGAAAAUGUGAUCAAAAAACAAAAAGUUGUAUUUGUAAUAAAUAUUAUAUGGAAAAUUGGUUUAAAUCUCUUAUUUAUAGAGAACCAAAUUGUGAUUUUAUUAUUCAUUAUUUUGUUCUAAUAACAAGCGCUAGUACAGUAUUGACAAUACUAUUCUGUUGGUUAUGUUUAUGUUGUUGUUUACGUUGGAGACGUCGUCGUAAUUUAUUAGACCGUCGUAAACGUAUUCGUUAUCAAUUAUUACAUGAAAAUGAUGAAGAAGAUGAUGAUGAAAGUUCACAAAGUUUAAAAGAGAAAAGUAAAAAUAAAUUUCAUUCAUCAAAAAAAAAUAAAACAAAAAUUUCAAAUUUAAUUAUAUCUGAAUCUGAAAAUGAUCAAUCUGAUGAAAAUGGUGAACAAACUCUUUAUGAUAAACCAUUGCUAACAGCUAAAUCACAAAUAAACUCACCAAAAAUAAAAUCUCGUGGAUUAAAAGUUGCUGUACAAGACAGUAGUGGUAGUCCAAUGUUACGUGAUAAUCGUCAAUCUCCAAUGACAUCUGAACAUACUAUUGCUUAA